UGAAUGAAUAUAUAUAUUUAUUUCGUUUUAGCAAUAUGAGUCUGUGUUUUCAUAUAUUACUGCUCGUGUGAGGCAUAUUAUAGAGGUGUAAUAUUUCUGUUGUAACUUCGUGAUAUUUGUUCAGGCAGGUCAGUCGGUGUCGUGGCGGAAGCUGUGCGGAAGGUAAAUAAUGAAAUUCAUCAACAUUUACUUUAAAACACAAAUAUGACUGUUCAUAACUUAUACAUAUUUGACCGCAAUGGCACCUGCCUUCACUACAGUGAAUGGAACCGCAAGAAACAGGCUGGAAUAUCCAAAGAGGAGGAGUGUAAGCUGAUGUAUGGAAUGCUCUUCUCUAUCCGAUCAUUUGUUAGUAAGAUGACUCCCCUGGAUAUGAAAGAUGGAUUUGUGGCAUUUCAGACCAGCCGUUAUAAGCUGCAUUAUUACGAAACUCCCACAGGCAUUAAACUGGUGAUGAAUACAGACCUCGGUGUGCCCAACUGUAGAGAUACAUUACAGCAGAUAUACAGUACAUUGUAUGUGGAGUACAUUGUGAAAAACCCCUUGUGUGUGUUGGGGGAGUCUCUUCAGAGCGAUCUGUUCAACACGAAACUGGAUUCUUACAUCCGAGCUUUACCUUUCUUCAGCGUCCGGGCGGCUUGACGCCUGCACGUCUGCAUUAGCUCUAUUAUGAAAAUAAAAUAUGACCACCUUAUAUUGAACACCAGUGGGAUGUUUUAUUCAGUCUGACCUCUGGCCAAAUUUCUUGUUUUGUUUGGUAACAUUAUGAGAAUUCAUUUCAUACCUGAAAACUGACUGGAGAAAGAACUCGAUGCAUUAUUUACAUAACAACAACAACAAAGAGAUUAUGGAUGCUUUGUAUUUGUGUACACUUUAGUCCAAAUGUUGUCUUUAGAUAAACUAUCAUGUCCACAAUGAUGAAGAUGUCAAAAAAGAUGUCGGUUUUGUUUGCAGAAUUGUGAAGUUUAUUUAAUGCUGGACAUGAAGUUGGUCAUAAGUUUAAUACUCUGUGUUUUUAUAUCCUUCAGUACACCAUACAAACACCAAGUUAAGGGAACUUUAAUAUACGUUAUAUGUUUUUGGGAGACCCAAUUCCUAAAAUAAAUUGAGCAUAUGGGUUGAAUACGGUCAACUUAUUAACAAGUGAAAUGCUUUUGAGUCAUCAGUAUUUAUUAAAACUUAAUAUACGUUCA